AUGAAUUUUAUGGGUAAGAGCACCGGCGAUAGUGGUAGUAGCACCAGCAGUAGAAGACAACAGCAGGGAGGAGGAGGAGGAGGAGGAGCGGGAGGAGGAGGGAAUUUGUUUGAAGAAGAAGACGAAGAAGAAAGACAAAACACGGCCCCAGCAGGUCAGUUAUUCCCUUCUUCUUCAUCUUCUUCCCCAUCUUCUUCUCAUCAUCACCAUCAACAUCAACCACCACCCAGCUUUCUUCAGCAGCCUCCCUACCACCACCAGAAUCAGCGUGGGGGUUGGGUGUUUGACGGCACUUCAUCACGGCCAAGCGACCCCAUGAUUAUGGACUACUCUUCAGUCCCCCAACCUGCACCCGAUAACAUUAAUGAUGAUGACCAACAAUCUUCACAUCAAGCUGCUGCAGGAGGAGGAGGAGGAGGGAUGAUGAUGGUGGUAGAGAGGGAGCACAUGUUUGAUAAAGUUGUGACUCCAAGUGAUGUGGGUAAGCUGAAUCGUCUUGUGAUUCCAAAACAGCACGCCGAGAGGUAUUUCCCCUUGGAUUCCUCCACCAACGAUAAGGGUCUCCUUCUUAAUUUUGAAGAUAGGAAUGGAAAACCCUGGAGGUUUAGAUACUCCUACUGGAACAGCAGCCAAAGCUAUGUGAUGACCAAGGGUUGGAGCCGUUUUGUUAAAGACAAAAAGCUUGAUGCCGGAGAUAUAGUCUCUUUCCAAAGAGGUGUCGGUGGCUCCGCCAAAGAUCGCUUGUUCAUAGACUGGAGGCACCGCCCGGAUGCACAAGCUCCGCCCUACCAAUUGUCAUCCAAUCUCUCCUUCCCACUACAACAUCAUCAAUUUUCUUUCCACAACAGGAACACUGCCGGUGUCAGUUGGAACCCACUUUUCUUCCAAUCCCAGCCAGCACCCCCACGGAGCCACUCUAACUUGAUGCUACAGCCCCCAAACAGCUACGCCGCCCCUCCUAAUUCUUACCGUUAUGGCACCUCCGGCGGUUCCCCUUACCACAACAUAGGAACUGGUAGCGUAGUGAAUGUGAAUCAAGGAGGUUCAGGAUCAUCAGUGAUUUACUUCAGAUCAGGUGCAGGUGGUAUCCCACAUCAACAACAUGCGGAUAUGAUGCAAAUGCAGCAAAGAAGUGGGGUUGGGAUUGGGAUUGAUCCACCGGUACUACCAGGUCCAGCACCAGGUGUAGUGUUUGAAUCGGUUCCAGUUGUUCAUGGGAAAGCAGCAGCUAAGAGGCUCCGUUUGUUUGGCGUUAACAUGGAUUGCCCUAUCUCAGAUGACGACGAGCAAGACUAUGACCAGCUUCCAGGUGAAUUAAUCUCCCCCACCACCAAUUCGAUUCCCAUGGGACACUAUAAUCAUGGCAAUUACCACCAUGAACACUAUCCCACUCACCAUAAUCCGCCGCCACCAUCUUCUUCUUCUACCAUACCUUACCUGCAAUUGAGGCCUAAUUACGGAGAAGAAACCCAAUUCCAUCAAACCCCAAUGGUGUCUUCUUCUUCUACUGAUGCUCUCAACAAAACCACCAAAUCAUCGUCCUCUCAUAUGUCCUUGGAUUUGGAUAUCUGA